CCGCCCACUAAAGAUGGCGCUGCACCUGGUGCGGAAGGCGCGUGCAUGCCGCAGCUUCAUUCGAGCAUUUCACGGCGGAGCCGUGGCGGAUCCCGUUCCCCAGAAUAAUGGCAUACAUCGGAUAUUCUCUGGCAUCCAGCCUACGGGGAUCCCUCAUCUGGGGAAUUACCUGGGAGCCAUUGAGAGCUGGGUGAGUCUACAGGAAGAAUGCAGCUCAAUUUUAUUUAGUGUUGUGGACCUCCAUUCCAUCACUGUGCCCCAAGACCCAGCUGUUCUUCACCAGAGCAUCUUGGACAUGACUGCUGUCCUGCUUGCCUGUGGCAUAAACCCAGAAAAAAGCAUUCUUUUCCAACAGUCCCAGGUGCCAGAGCACUCAGAAUUAAGUUGGAUCCUUGGAUGUUUAGUCAGAAUGCCACGAUUACAAAACUUACCCCAGUGGAAGACUAAGAAUGACAGCCUGAAACAAGAGGGGACAGUGGGUCUCUUCACAUACCCAGUACUUCAAGCUGCGGACAUUCUGCUAUAUAAGUCCACACACGUCCCUGUUGGGGAAGAUCAAAUCAAACAUAUGGAACUGGUCCGAGAUCUAGCACAACGUUUUAACAAGAAGUAUGGGGAGUUCUUUCCGGUACCCAAAUCCCUUUUAACCUCUAUGAAGAAAGUAAAAUCACUCCGUGAUCCUUCAGCCAAAAUGUCAAAAUCGGACCCUGACAAGUUAGCCACCAUUAGGAUAACAGACAGCCCAGAGGAGAUUGUGAUGAAGUUCCGUAAAGCCGUCACAGACUUUACUUCGGAGGUGACCUACAGCCCUUCUACUCGGUUGGGUGUCUCCAAUAUGGUGGACAUUCAUGCUGCGAUGACGGGCCUCACAGUAGAAGAAGUGAUCCACCAGAGUGCCGGCCUUGACACUGCUCGCUACAAAGAUGUGGUGGCAGAUGCUGUUAUUCAGAAAUUUGCACCAAUUAAGAGAGAGGUUGAGAGACUGAGUGUGGAGAAAGACUACUUGAAAAAGGUUUUACAGGUUGGGGCAGAAAAAGCCAGAGAGCUAGCCAAACCAGUGUGCCAAGAAGUCAAGAAAUUAGUAGGUUUUUUAUAAGACUGUGAUCAAAUAAUCAUGUAUAUCCCUAAUGGAGGGACCUGACCUCAGGCAUAGGAAACUCUAUUGUUUAUGACUUUUGUUGGACCAUCCCUACCUGCUCACUUCAGAUGAGGAAACAAUGUUUUGUGACCCUAACUAAGUAUCACUUUCCCAAAUUCCAUAAACAAAAUUUUGCCAUCAGAAAAAAAGGAAAAUGAAAUUAAAGCAAUAAGCAUGGCUAAAUAUUCAAAAAGCCACGUUGCUGCUGCUGCUGCUGCUACUUUCUUCAUCAUUUUCUUUUCUUUCUUUUUCUCUUUUUUCUUCUUCUUUUUGGGGUUAGGAUUCAAAUAAUUCUGCAGGUUUGGGGUUUUCCCUCCAUGAAUCUCUGUUUCAUAUUACAAAAGUAAUUUUGAAUAAUCAGGAACAUAUUCUUGUGCUGACCUCUUCCAGAGAAGAGUGGAAGCAGUGAGGAAAUAAACAUUUAUGCAGCACCUACUAUGUGCUAAGCCACAUAUUCAGAUUAAAAGCUCCUACUUUUUACAAGUUGUUUCCUUUAUUAUUUUUAGCACAUAGAAUUAUUCUCUUUAAACAUAGUAAGAGCUUAAUAAAUACAUUGUUCAUUCAUUCAUUCAAUUUAUGUAAUAGUUUCUCUCUGAAGAUUAAGCUUUAAAUAAGACACUGGGGGGUCAACUUAUAUGUGGAAUAUUGUUCUUCAAGAAUAUUAUAGCCUCUUUUUACUAAUUUUUUUUUAAACCAAGAAGCUGAAUCCAAAAAAAAAAAAAAAAAAUGUCUGUAUGAUAGUUACUCCAUAAAAGGAGAGUGUGUUGUUUUUAUACUGCUGGUAUAUUUUAUGGACCACUGGAACUGAUGAACCCAGUCAGCCAUCUGUGUAGUAUCAGGCACACAGUUCAGAUUUCUGUGUGGUGUCACCUCAUGGCAAGUCUACCUCAGUCUCAAUCCAGAACACACUGCAGGCUCUCAAUAAAUAUCUAAUGAAAGAUAGAAAAUAGUCCAGAAAUUUUUCACAAAGCAAAAACUGACUUUUUACUUCACAAUUUCUACCAAUGCAUGUUAUCCUACUUCACAUCCAUAAGAAAGAGAAGCAGAAGAAAUAGAUAUUUCUUCUCUUCAGCUUUUAAGGCUUCUUCAAAGAUGCUCAGAAGAACUGCUGUCUUUUGGAGUAGCUUUCUAAGAAAGCCUCUCCCUCUCCCUCCCUCCCUCUUUCUCUCUCUCUCCCUCACUUCCUUCUCUCUCUCUCUCUCUCUCUCUCUCUCUCUCUCUCUCUCUUUUUCUCCAGUUUAAAGGAUUAUAGUUUUUGUCUCCUACAUCUGCUAUUUUAGCUCAUUAACAUUUGGCUUCUAGACUUCUAUCUCAGCACUUAAAUGGACAGAGUAUUUGGAUGUUGCUUAAAAAAAAUGUUGAGUUUAGCAGAUGUGAGUUAAUAUCUUGCAUUCCUCUGACCCUGAACCAAGUCCACAGUUAUUCUCUUGAAAAUGUACUCUUUAGAACAAAGGAAACAAACAUGAUAUAUUUUAUGCCUUCCAACGAAUGAUUUGUGACCGUGUUCAGAAUUGUCAGGGAUAAUUUUAUAAUUUUACUGCAUCCAUUCAUGACAUAGAAUCCAGAUUAUCAUUUCAGGUUUUGAAAUGGAGGGGACUGAUCAACAAAUGACCAUCUUAAAUACCUACCACUAAGUUAACUCAUUAUGGUGUCCUGUGGGAGAAUCUAUUGAGAACAACCGAAGGUAGUAGUAGUAGUAAAGGGACCUCUAAAAAGCCCUCAGAAAUUGAGAGCUUCCCCAAAAAAAGGUGACUUGGCUGAUGACCAACUGACAUUUGACUGGCCCAGUUAUAUCAGUGAAAAAUGGACUUUAGAAAUAGGCAUGUGUAGAGUGGAAACCAGAGACCGACAUGGGUGGGCAGGAGAUCUCUUCUGAUAUAUAAAGAGGCGUACUAGAAGAAGUCUCUUGCACCUGAACUGAAAGCAAGUACUCACAUGGAUACAAGACCACAGGCGGGUUUUAUGACAGCUCUGAGGGAACAAACCUUUCCUCUCCUAGGCUCACAGUAGAAAAAUAGCCAACAGUGGAAUUUUUGAAGUUGAUGGUUCCCCAGUGAAUGAUCUUAUUUUUUCCAUUGAUUUUACUGCCUGACUUUUUCCAAUGCCUGUGUAAUACUUACUCCUUAUUCAUAAGAUUCUUAAGGCUCCCACAUGCUCAGUACUGGGGAGAUAUGAACUAUUACAGCUCCCUGCUGACCAUAGCUCCUUUGAUAAUCACACAGCACCAUGUGUUUGACCCCAAGAGCAUCCUAGAAACCAUACUCUUUACUCUUCAGAUCCAGGUUGUUUUUAAAGUCUGUGGCGGCAGCUGCUUCUGCUUCCAUCAUCUCUGAUGCAUCUGUUUCUUUAUCUCCAUAAGUAACUACAAAAAUUCCACUUCACUCCUAUUAUACUUUUCUAUUACACUUUUCCUGGUAGAGCUUCCUGUCUUCUGCAUAGUCCCUCUCCUUUAGAAAUGUACCAGUCAAGCUCCUCCUUGCCUCCUAUCAUUUAUCUUAUCCCUGCUCUUCAUACCAAACUCUCCUUUUUUUUUCUCUGCUGUCUCCUAAAUACAGCCACCAGCUCUCCUCCUAAUAUCCCUGCCACUUCUUACAAUUUUUCUUUUCAUCCUUUUGUCCCUAUCCUUUACACCUUGAAUAGCUUCUCAGAGAUCAUACCACCUAAUUACCUUUCAACAUGCCUU